ACCAGCAGUAGCGAGCUGCAGUCGCAGGGGUCUGGUAUCUCAUGUCUCCUACUGUACACGAGCAUGAUAUAGGUACGUCUUUUGCUUUCCUGCACCGUCUUCAGAUAGACCACACUGCCCACCAUACCUCAAGGCUUUUGCAAUCCAAUUAUACGACUGUAGUCCAUCUUGGUUCUCUUGAACCAAGCCUCGCAUCGCAUCCCCAUGUCUUCUUCUACCACCACUGCAGCCGGUCAAGUCAACAACUCUACAUCAACUCAGCCCGUCAAUACAGACACUAGACUACCUACGCACCAUGUACCGUCACACAACGCACAUUCCACCAAUAACAGCAACAAUCGCAACAACUCGAAUAUAAUCGCAAGGGCCAUGACUUUCCCACCCAUGCAAAACGACCAGACGUGGUACGACUACCUCGUUACGAACUUCAAAGUCAUUACGAUUGUAAUCGCCCUCAUAACACUGGCGUGCACUGUCAUCGGGAUUAUUGCCGGCAUUGUCAUUGCUAUCGUGCGCAAGUGAGCUAUGCAGAACCGGUAAUGUCCAAGGGAUGUUCAAGAGAUAUGGACAUGGAGUUGAUGGAGUUGCUUAUGUUGGAGUUAGACAGGCGCAAUGAAUGGACGAUAUGCAAUAAAUGUACGACUAACUCAAAAAGACGGAAGAAGCUGCACACCAGUAACACGGGAGAACUAGAUAAAGGGAAGGAAGAAAAAGACA